AGUUCCUGCUGCUCCUUCCCGGUGUGGAGCUGAGCUCUGAACGGGGCACGGAUCCCUCCAGAGAACCUGGAGCCAGCCCCUCACAGCCGCGGGACACAGGGAAUCAGCCCCCCUGCCAGCUGCUGAAAUACCAGUGGGGAAAUAAAGGGAGGAAAGCAGAGGAUUUCUAGGCGCAGAAUCCCAUCCCUGCGUGAAGAAACGAGCCUGCUGUGCUGAGAAUCUCCUUCCCAGAUGCUCAGAGGAGCUGUGCUGCCUUCUAGAGACUAAAGAGGGGGGUGAGGAUCUGCAGAGAGCACAAGAGCACAGCCCUGUGCACACGGCAAACUGCACCCUUCCCCUCAGAGCAAGCCAGGAGCUGAUGUAAAUGAGCUUUAAUUUGCAGCCCAGGACCUCGACUGAUGAAUGCUCCACACAUGGAAAGCUCUGACUGACAGCCCAGAUGCUGAGGAUGGGGAGUGAUGGGUAUCUCAAACAAAAUUGCUGAGCAGACGCAGCAGCAACCUCCACCCAGUCAGGUUUCUAAGCCAGUUUUAAGGCAGAAUCAGGACUAAUACUAGGCAAUUCAAAGCAUCAGUGAUUUCCUCUCAGGAGAAACUUAAAUUGGAGACCCCUUGGAAUAUUUACUUUCCUUAAAUACACAACCUUUCCCAAAAGAUGGAAAUGAUUUUAACCUGCAGCUCCAAUAUUUCUCAUCACAUAACCCUGGAAAGUGAGAUAAACAGCCUGAGGUUUGCGUAGCCUCACUUGUGCACCCCAAGGAAAAUGCAGAAGGAGUUAAAUUUGACUUGGAACUGGAGGGAAUAAACUGUGCUAUACUGGUGAAAGCUUAGGAGCAAAGGUAGGUUUUCUAAUAUGUUUCUGCAUCUUUCUCAUUGCUGCUGGUGCUGCAAUUUUAAGACGUUCUUCAAAACUCUUUUCCCCAGCAAGGUCAGGCAAAUGUUGCCUGUAGGACCUUCCAAGAACUGAUCUUGUCACUGGUCCUGCCUGGAAAGGUGAAGUUCAGCGGACUCAUAUGGACAUUACCAGCCAUGGCUUUCCUCCCUGGAAACUCCUCCGAGUGCUCCAACUGCACCCACUCCAUGGAGCCCGUGAACAUUUCCAAGGCCAUCUUGCUGGGUGUUAUUCUAGGGGGGCUGAUUGUUUUUGGGGUUUUGGGUAAUAUCCUGGUUAUCCUGUCUGUAGCCUGCCACAGACACCUCCAGAGUGUCACCCACUAUUACAUCAUCAAUCUGGCUGUAGCUGACCUCCUCCUGACUUCCACUGUCCUGCCCUUCUCAGCUACCAUGGAGAUUUUGGGCUACUGGGUCUUUGGGAGAAUCUUCUGCAACAUCUGGGCAGCCGUUGACGUGCUUUGCUGCACUGCUUCCAUCAUGAGCCUCUGCAUCAUCUCCAUCGACCGAUACAUUGGGGUGAGCUACCCACUGAGGUACCCCAGCAUAGUGACAGAGAGGAGGGGCCUCCUGGCCCUGCUGUGUGUCUGGGCACUGUCCCUGGUCAUUUCCAUUGGGCCCCUUUUCGGCUGGAAGGAGCCAGCCCCGAAGGAUGAGACUAUCUGCCAGAUCACCGAGGAGCCCGGCUAUGUCUUGUUCUCAGCACUGGGCUCCUUCUACCUCCCCCUGACCAUCAUCCUGGUGAUGUACUGCCGGGUCUAUGUGGUGGCCAAAAGGGAAAACAAAGGGCUGACCUCUGGGCUGAAGACAGAGAAAUCUCAUUCCGAGGAGGUGACCCUCCGCAUCCACCGCAAGAACGUACCCAGCGUGAGCGGCUCUGCGCCCAACCCCAAGAGCAAGCACCACUUCUCCGUGCGCCUGCUCAAGUUCUCCAGGGAAAAGAAAGCUGCCAAGACCCUGGGAAUAGUUGUGGGAUGCUUCGUCCUCUGCUGGCUCCCAUUUUUUGUAGUAAUGCCUCUUGGUUCUUUCUUUCCUGCAAUCAAACCCCCGGACACACUCUUUAAAAUAACAUUUUGGCUGGGAUAUUUAAACAGCUGCAUCAACCCCAUCAUCUAUCCAUGCUCAAGUCAAGAGUUCAAGAAAGCGUUCCAGAACGUCCUGAAAGCUCAGUGCCUCCUGAGGAAGCAGCCAGCAAAGAAGCAAACCCCAAGCUUCAACCUCAACCAUCCCUCUGGCCAGAGCAUGGAGAGCGGCAAAGGGGUGGUCAGGAUCCCUGUGGGAUCAGGAGAAACCUUCUACAAGAUUUCCAAGUCGGAUGGGGUCUGCGAGUGGAAGAUCUUCUCUGCUGUGCAGGGCGUGCCUGCCAAAACUGCUGUUUCCAAAGACUGCACGGCUGCCAAAGCCAAGAGCAAAGGGUUCCUGCAGGAAUGCUGCUGUGCAGGCGCUUCAGGGAGCCUCGUCCAUGAGAACUGCAAAGUGCCAACCAUUAAAAUCCACUCGAUCUCCCUGAGUGAGAGUGGGGAGGACGUGUAACCAGCUGGGUGCACCAGGCUGGCAGCUCGGGGGCCUCGUGGGCUGUCUUUUUAUGGGGAAGUAGGAGUAGGUGUGGUGAUAGUUGAAAGGAUCCAGGUAUGAACAGGUAAAACAGGGCCAAAUCUUUCGAGGAGGGAUGUCUGUGAGUGCUGGGAGCAUAAAUGGAGGCCCUCAAAGACAGUGCAUGGCUUCAGUGGAUGGUAUUCUGAGGGUCCAGCAUCUGCCAGGCAUUUCCUUGGCAUUUAAAGGCUUUAUCCCUCUAUUCUCCUCUUUCAAAGUUCCCUGCUCUGAUUUAGGGGCAGUGGAGAAGAAAGAGGGAACCACAGACUCCAUGCUCAUUUCAGCCUCGACACUCUCUAAUAGCUCCACCUCCAGAGCCAUUUUGUGAUUCCACCCCUCCCCAUAAAGCCAAGCCUAAGCUGUGGAUUUCAGUCAACUCCGUUGCCAAGGGAAACUUGAUCCAAGUGACUGCACUCCACCGAGCUUCAGAGACCAAGGAGAACUUUUCCGUUUUGUGCAAUCCGCCUCCCUAAUCUCCACACCAAACCAAAUGAAAAUUUGCAUGUGCCCCAGGUUUGUUCGGACAAUCUCUGCGCUUUGACGUGGGUCUAAUAAAACUCAAAACUGGGUAAGUCCUCAUCAAGCAAAGCUCAAAGAGCUCACUUGCACUCAUCCUUUUGUUUUUCUUCCUCUGAGUCCAGCAGGAACCUGCUGAAAGGCUCAGUAAUUCCUUGCUCAGGUGCUUGAUAGCCAGAUCAGUGCCACAGUCACUGGAAAAGCUGCAGAUUUUUCCUGUCUCCCUGCCCAGUGUUUUGCUACAUUCCUUUUCCCGACUCCUUCAAUACCAAGUGCUCUAAGCUUUCUGUGAGAUCCUGGGUACUCUGGAGUCAGGAACUUUCCCCUUGCUCUGAGCAGGGGGAGUUAAGCAUGUUAAAAGGCUUAAGGACAUCCAUCCCCAUGAGAAAGGGCCAUCUCUUGGGAAUUUGGGAGCAAAGCAUUUGGAAGCAUGUUAUAUUUUAAUACAGCUAAUCCAAAUAAAUAAAUAAAUGAGAUGGCCAGCAUCUGGAAGAAAUAGUGGGAGGAAUUCUCUGUACAAUAUUAGAAAUAAGCAGCUCUUGACAUGACUCCUCCUGAGCUUGCCAAGUAAGAAUUUAGCUCCUUGAAACAACACAUGAGCCUCUACUCUUGUGUCUGUCAGCUUCUGUGCUGAAGAUCCACUGCCUUGAAAAGGGAAGGGGCUGAGGUAAGGGUCAUUCUCACAGGAUGGACCUUGAAACAACACCUUGGUGGUGUUGAUGAGAAAUCAUUGUUUAUUUCUCUCUCAUUCAGUACUAAGUCCCCAAUGUCAAGAGGAUUUGUCUCCUGUGUCUUUUAUUCAUGCACUCACAGAACACGGAGCUGUAGCAUGAUCCCAUUUUUAGCUUAAAUAAGAAAUCCGCCUCACUCUUAAGGUUUGUCAGGCCUAGAAUUUUAAUCUAAAAGUGUGGAAAUACCAUGUCUGAAAAUAUUCUCAUGGUGCUUCAAGCCAAGAGCAGAAGGAGAAAAGCUGGAAAUCUCAUAAGAAAGUCACGUGAGAGUCAUGGCCGAGGUUUCCAGUCUCACAGGGUUCAGAUACGUGGGACGUUUAUUUGGACAAAACCUGAACUUUGAAACAUUUUGAAAAAACACCCCUUAAAUUGAGCAAGACUGGCAAGAUUUAAAGUCUUCACUGCACACCCUUGGUGCCCAACCCUGUCUUAUUCUACAACCAGUACUUGUUUUAUAGCCAGUAAGGUCCUUUUUGCCAUCUCUCCUUUGGAGCUGGGAGAUUUACACAGGGUUGCUGCAGUAAUUUCAGAUUUAUUGAGGUUUCAUGGUGUCAGGCAAAGAGGUGUUGUGGAGAUACACAUGGUGGCUGCCACAACUGGAUUAAUUUAACUCCAGAGCAAUCCUGAUGCAGCAAUAUAAUCUGACCCUGUAAGAUGAAGAUAAAUAGUGUCAGGAUGGACAUGGAUGCACAGUUCUCCUGUGUGGCAGAUACAGAGGCUGGAAUAAUGGAAGUCUUGGUCUCAAUCUUCAUCCUUUUUUUCUGUCACCUAAGAUGCUAAAGGACCUCUCUGUGUCCAGUGACUCUGAAAAGCUCCCAACCCUCAGCAGCAGGCGAGCCCGGUCCCAGACACACCUCUGCUGCUGCCACAUCUGCCAGCAAAAACAAACACAUCAUUUGUUUGGCUGUCUCAGAGAAUUUCUGCAGGAAAACUGCCCUGUUCCCUUGUUGCAAGCAGGGUCACUGGCACUUGUCAUCUCGGUGGAGAUUUGGACUGAAAAGUCUCAAAAACCAUAGAAGGAACUCUAGGGAGCAGAAAAAAAAAGGAGUGCAGAUUUAAGCAGCCCAUUUUUUUCUGUUAUUUAAAGUGAACUUGGCACUGGUGAAAGAGCUGCAGCCACAGAGGCUGAAUGUAGCUGUCUGUCUAAAAGCACAAACAGGACAAAAGGUUUUCCCAGUGGCUGGACAUCAAUCAUCACUUCUAAAAUCUUCCCAGCAUCAGGAUUUUGUUGUGUGAAACCCAGCAGGAGCACAGAGCAGAGAUCAGAGAGUGGCCAGAUGGGAAGGGAGAUCAGUGGAGUGCCAGGAGUUCCCCUCAAAGCCACAUCCAGUGACCUGCACUGACCGGGCAGUGGAUGUGUCCUGACUGAAACCUCCGAGGGAUGGCUCUGACAUCCCACCAUCCUUUUGGGUCAGGGUUUUCUGUUGGGAGUGACAGCCAAGAUUUCCAUGUGGGGUGGAGCACAGUCUCAGCUGCAAAGAGUUGAGAGCUGGAGCAUCACAGAGAUGACUCUUAAUUUGCACAGUCUGAGGCAAAGCAGAUCACCAAUCCCUCUUCCUCCCAGGGCAGGGAAAGUUCAGUAGUCCAGUUUCCACAGUCAAUUCAGAUUUACUAUCUGAUGUUUUUGAGGCUUUGUGUACUUUGCAAGAUUAUUCAAAUCCCAAAUACUUAAGUUCUGCCCACUAUUCAAAUAAAUGUCUUCUCAUUUUUAUAUUCUUUAUUUCACUCUGCCAGCUCCAAGGAUAAAUUGUGCAUUGUGUAAAAGAAUAUUCUCCUUUGCCAGGCCUUAAUGUCCUGAAAAUCUAUAGCACUGAAAAGAAGAAAGAUUAAGCCAGGAAUAUUUCUUGCUUCUCUACUUGGAGUAAGCAAAUGGAUUUCACAAAGCUUCUAUACAAAAUUUCCCUGCCUGACUUUUUCAGUUUUCUGAAAGGCAACACUGACAGGCUGCAGCAUCUUGUACUGAUUGAAGUCAGUUAAAAAAGGUCUUACUGCUUUGCUGAAGUGGAAAUGCCCAGUUUCAGGUGUGCCUGUUGGCCUUGAGCUACUAUUGCUCAUGUCUGAGUGGGGUUUUAUUAGGAACUUCAUUUUAAAAUAAAGCUACUGAGACACAGAGCAACUCAGUGAUUCAUCCAGAAAGGUUUCAGCUGUCCCAGGCUGAAUCCAUGCUGGGUAAUUAACUCCACAUCUUACCCAGAGACACCUAGAUCCUCUUUCCUGUCUUAAUAUGGUUCGGAUAAGCAAGACAAGGUUGAAAACUAACUCUAGGGGACAGACUGUUGACACCAAUUUUUUCUGGAUGAUCCCUUCUGACAGCAGAGCUGAACAGGAAAGCCAGUUGGUCUUCAAAGAGUUGCACUUAGCUCCAGGCAAAUUUGGGACCUGCACGAGUGUUAUCCUUUGCUAGAAGGAAAAAAAUCCAACAUGUCAUGAGAGAGCUGCUCUCACAGCAGCAUCUGCUCUCUGCCUGCACCCCUCACACACUCAAAUAUUUGUGAAGGUAUUUUGUAUGUGACAGUGUUAUAAAAACCAUAAGACACUACAGAGGUAGCUUUUGGUGCUUUAAAAUACAGAUCUUCCCUCCAGCUUGAUAGGUGUAAUUGAAUCUCUGAUUUCCCUGGAAAAGAUGGAGCAUUUGUCUCAGGGAUUGGAGUGAAAUGUCAUUCCUUCUACACAGAGCACACUGCAUAUUUCUCAUGAUGGCAGAGAAGGAGAAAAUAGCAAACGUGAGCUAAGGGAAAAUGAAUUGCUGAGGAGGAAAGCUCUGGAUGGCAACCAUCACAUGAGAAAUAACACAUCUGUCAGUCCCACAGUGGGCUCAAAGCUCUACUUAAUGCACAUUUCUGUCUCAGUGCAACACUGAGCUCAAACCCAGGAUGAGCAACAGCCUCUCCUUUAUCAUCACGGUAACAUCCAGAUCUUUUUCAGAGUCAAAAACCUCCAUGUGUUAAUAGUGAAAAUAAACAUGAUUUUCCAGUGCUCAACGAGACUUUUUUGCAUUAAUCCAAAUUUCUUUUAUCAACUGUCAAAACUUAGCCCUUGUAAACCAUUUUCUGAAGUAGGAAAACACCAACCUGCCCAGCAUUUCAGCAGAUUUCCACUUUCAAAGCAAGUCCACUCAGCCAAUGAUAGAAAACCUCCCUGAAUUUCAUGUAAUGCUCAAUUCUUCCUGACAGUACAACUAUGGGAAUUGUAUACAAGCUGGUUUGGGCUUUUUUUUUUCUCUUUGCUAGUCUUUGGUUGCAAAAAAAAAAGGUUUUGUUUUUGUUUUUUUUUUUCUUCUGCCUGCAGCAGCAUUUUGCCUGCAUGUUGUACAAGUUUGGCUGCCAGUGGUUUUAAAAGAUUUCUUCUGAAACAGGCACUGCAUUUUCUGAAUGUGGUAUUCUGGUGUUACUGAAUUUUCUAUGUGCUGUGUUCCAGGUUUAUCAUGUUUGAACAGUCCAUGCUGGUCAUUUCCUUGAACAAAAUGUAUAUGAAAUCUUGCUAAGGUGAACAAAUAAAUUAUUGGGGGGAAUGUGCACUUUGGGAUAUGUGAGCUGCAA